AUGUUAUAUUUAGACCCAGCAGAGAAACAGAUAGAAACAGCUGUCUGCUGUGGAGAUUAUCAUUCUGGCAGCAAAUCUGAAACCAACAUGAAAUGCUGCCACAACUUUCAUGCCAAGCUAGUCCAUAUUUUUGCAACCCAGGACUGGAAAGAGGAGGCACAGAUGCAGCCUGAGGUGUCCUCCACCAGCACGCCACAAUCCGAGAUAGAUCCAAGACAUCCCCGGCCCCGGGGAGCCGCAGCGAGACCCCGCCGCCGCCGCCGCCGCCCCCCUGGAGCUACCGGUCGCGGAGGAGAGCGCGGGGCUGCGGCGGCUGCAGCCCCAGGAGAAGCCGGCGGCCGACGACCCCCCGGGGCGGGGCAGAGCAGCGGCUCCGGCGGGACCCCCCCGGGCCCCUCCGAGGGGAGAAGGGGCGGCUCGGAGAGAGCCCGGGGGGAGGCGGGGGCCGUGGGCGGCGACAAACCCGAGACCCGCUCCGUGUGCGGCAGCGAUAGCGGCAGCGACAGCAACCCCGGCGGCGCCGGCCCCAUCUGCAAGAUCUGCUUCCAGGGCGCCGAGCAGGGUGAAUUGUUAAAUCCUUGCCGAUGUGAUGGGUCGGUACGGUACACACAUCAAUUGUGCCUCUUAAAGUGGAUCAGUGAAAGAGGGUCAUGGACCUGUGAGCUCUGCUGUUACAGAUACCAUGUUAUAGCAAUUAAAAUGAAAAAACCUUGCCAGUGGCAAAGCAUUACAAUAACACUGGUUGAGAAAGUGCAGAUGAUUGCUGUAAUCCUAGGAUCUCUGUUCUUAGUAGCAAGUGUGACUUGGCUUCUAUGGUCAGCCUUCAGCCCCUAUGCAGUAUGGCAAAGAAAGGACAUCCUUUUUCAAAUCUGCUAUGGAAUGUAUGGUUUUAUGGAUCUAGUGUGCAUAGGACUAAUUGUACAUGAAGGUGCAUCAGUUUACAGAGUGUUUAAGCGUUGGAGAGCUGUUAAUCUUCACUGGGAUGUAUUAAAUUAUGAUAAAGCUACAGACAUAGAAGAGAGCAAUCGAGGAGCAUCUUCACCGGGUAGGACAUUGUGGUUACCACUAACUGCAUUUAGAAACAGAAGUUUAAUUCAUCCAACACAGUUAACCUCUCCAAGAUUUCAGUGUGGAUAUGUAUUGCUGCAUCUGUUCAAUCGAAUGAGACCUCAUGAGGAUUCAUCAGAAGAUAACAGUUCUGGAGAGGUUGUGAUGAGAGUGACCUCAGUGUAAAGAUAAUGCUCACUGUGCUACACAAAUAAGGAUAAUGUGCCCUGGACUUUACAGUACUCCGGAAUGUAGUUGCAAUGAAUGGCACUUCUGAAAAUAUUUACAACUUUUAAAACAUUUAAUGCUUUUUAUAUGAUCAGUUGAAUUGCAAAUACAUUUUUCUGAAAAAGUUGUUGCUUGCUUUUUUAUAGUCUGGUAUAUUACAUAGUUUGGUCAAUUUGUACUUGAAAUUUAUAAAAAUAUAAUUUAACUCUCAUUGCCUUGAAUAAUGAGGAAACCAAUCUUUUAAGCCAAAAAUAUCUGUC